AUGGGCUUCGGCAGCAUGAGGCGAGGGGCGAGGGGCCUGAGGGGCAGAGACAUGCCGGCCACCCCGCAGUGCCUGCAGGCCCAGUGCUUCGACCCGCUGGUUCGCAGAUGCGUGGCCUGCAGUCUCCUCCGGACGACAGAGCCUAGACCGGCCUCGCCUCCCUCCGACCCUCCCCCUCCCCGCUCGCCUCUCCCCUCUGCCCCGUGCUCUGCCUGCCCGUCCCCUCCAGCAGGUGGCCCGAGCAGUCUGGCGCCCGGGACGGCGCUGCAGCCGCAGGAGUCGGUGGGCCCGGGGGCCACGGCCGAGGCCGCGCUGCCGCUCCCGGCGCUGCUCUUCGGCGCCCCCGCGCUGCUGGGCCUGGCGCUGGCCCUGGUCCUGCUGGGCCUGGUGAGCUGGAGGCGCCGACGGCGGCGGCCCGGCGCGGCGGCCGCCCCAGAGGCCCUGGAGGCCCCGGACAGAGACCAGGAUGAGCCCCUGGACGGUGACAACGUCCUCUCCCUGGGAACCCUGGAUGCCACAGCUCCCAUCUGGCUUCCGCCCAGUGAAGACCCAGCUACCACCCCACCUGCCCACAGCGUACCUGUGCCAGCCACAGAGCUGGGUUCCACUGAGCUGGUGACCACUAAGACGGCCGGCCCGGAGCAACCAUAGCGACGGAGGGGGCAGGAGGUGGUCCCUGCCCUCCCUGCGGGCCAUCAGCCAGGGGCUUAGAGAUUGAAUUCGGUUCUUCACCCCAGUUCUCACCCAUCCCUUUUCUGGGAACCAUGCUGCUCCCCGGCUAACCCUGCAGAACCACAGGCACCGCAGACCACAGGGUUCAGACUGCAUGGCAUCGUAUGGCAUGUUAGCAUUUGGCUUAAAAUCAUACCAUCUAUGGCAGCCCUCAAAGGUCGUGGCUGAGCUCUGUGCUUUCGAGUGGUUGGGGUACUCUGACUAGGAGGUUUUUUUAAGCAUGGGGAAGCCACCAGAAACCAGAAUGAAUCUAGGAAAAUUAUCGAGUGGGAGGAUGCUUAAUUUGUAGCUGGGUGUUGUAUUUUUUUAAUACUUGCUCUCAGAGCUGUCCUGCUUUUAAACUGAUACAAAUGGAAGCAAUGGGUAACCAACUGACCUGUUUUCUUUGGGAUUUAGUACAAGAUGAUUUUAAGAAAUA